AUGGUGUGCGCUCUUGGCCCAUGGGCGCCGAGACGGGUGCUGCGGAGGACCGCGGCAUCUCUGGCGCUGCUGGCCUGGCCCUCCACCGCCACCGUGGACCUGGUCUACAUGAACACGUCCGAGGGCGCCGCCCUGAUCAAGGGCGCGAGCCACGAUCGGCCUUACUGGCAGGUCGCCCCGGUCUUCACCACCGAGCUCCCCGGCAUGUGCGGGCCGACCACCGCGGUGAUGCUGCUGAACGCGCUCGCCUCUCAGGGGCUCAGCAGGCCCCUGUCCAGGGAGUUCUCCGCCUCCUUCGGGGGCAGGGUGUUCCCGAGCUACUACUGGGACCAGGAGAACGUGUGGAACGGCAGCGCGGCGCCGUGCGUGGCGGCGGGUACGCAGCCGUAUAAGGGGUCCCUGGAGCAGGUGGGGGCCUUCCUGUCCUGUCGAGGGCUGGAGGUGCAGGCGGUCCGGGCGGCGAACUCCUCCACGGACGAGUUCCGCGCGGCCGAUGGUGCAGGCGUUUGA